AUGUACCCGUGCCUGGCGCGCGUGGACCGCACGGCCGGCGGCCUGCGCACGAGCCGCGAGCCGCGCGUCGCCUUCCACCCCAGUUCAACGUUACACCGUGGCGGCGGCGCGGCGAGCGCGAAAGCCGCGGUUCGCAGCCUGCCCGCCGACUGGGUGGCGUUCGAAGAGAUCUCGCGCGCCGGCCGCUUCUGCUUCAUCCGCUGCUGCACGCUCGUCACGCCGCUCACCGUGGCUCUGUUCGGAGGUCCACUGCGUCUCCCAGCGGGUGCAUUAACCCAGCGCGCCAACCCGCCGGGUUUAUCCUCGGACUCAGACUCCGACGCUGACGCAGACGCCGCGCCCGACAGCGCCACGCUCACGCUUGACGAUUGGACGGCCUUCGCGGCUGACGCUUCUGACGCCAUCAGUGUAUAUUACUUGCGUCAGAAGCUGUGUGCCUUGGUUGUGAGGCGCAUGUCGAACCCGGCAAGACCUACUACGCCUUUAGAUGAACAGAUCUUGGCUGCUGUGGUCCAAGAAGCUGUGCGCCUUGGUCGUGAGGCGCAUGUCAAACCCGGCAAGACCUACUACACCGCUGGAUGA